AUGACUUUCCGAGACCUCCUGAGCGUCAAUUUCGAGGGAUCCCGCUCGGACGGCAGCGCCGGGGGCGCCAGCGCGGGCGGCAGCGGGGGUGGCUCCGGCGGCGCGGCUGCCUCGGAGGGCCGGACGGUGGACGGCGUGCCGGGGACCGCGGGCAGCGGCGGCGUGGUGGCGGGCAGUGACGAGAACAACCGGAGCUCCGCGGGGGAGCCGGGGGCCGCCGGUGCUGGAGGCGAGGUGAACGGCACGGCGGCCGUCGGGGGGCUGGUGGUGAGCGCGCAGGGCGUGGGCGUGGGCGUCUUCCUGGCCGCCUUCAUCCUCAUGGCCGUGGCGGGCAACCUGCUGGUCAUCCUCUCGGUGGCUUGCAACCGCCAUCUGCAGACGGUCACCAACUAUUUCAUUGUGAACCUGGCCGUGGCCGACCUGCUGCUGAGUGCCACCGUGCUCCCCUUCUCUGCCACUAUGGAGGUCCUGGGCUUCUGGGCAUUCGGCCGGGCCUUCUGCGACGUGUGGGCCGCCGUGGACGUGCUGUGCUGCACUGCCUCCAUCCUCAGCCUCUGCACCAUCUCGGUGGACCGGUACGUGGGUGUGCGCCACUCGCUCAAGUACCCCUCCAUCAUGACCGAGCGCAAGGCGGCCGCCAUCCUGGCGCUGCUCUGGGCCGUAGCCAUUGUGGUGUCCGUGGGACCGCUGCUGGGCUGGAAGGAGCCGGUACCCCCUGACGAGCGCUUCUGCGGCAUCACGGAGGAGGCGGGUUACGCCGUCUUCUCCUCCCUGUGCUCUUUCUACCUGCCCAUGGCCGUCAUCGUGGUCAUGUACUGCCGUGUGUACGUGGUUGCGCGAAGCACCACGCGCAGCCUCGAGGCGGGCGUCAAGCGCGAGCGGGGCAAGGCCUCGGAGGUGGUGCUGCGCAUCCACUGCCGCGGCUCAAGCACGGGCACCGACCGGGGCCACGGGGCGAUGCGCAGCACCAAGGGCCACACUUUCCGAAGCUCACUGUCCCUACGCCUGCUCAAGUUCUCCCGCGAGAAGAAGGCAGCCAAGACGCUGGCCAUCGUCGUGGGCGUCUUCGUGCUCUGCUGGUUCCCCUUUUUCUUCGUCCUACCACUGGGCUCCCUGUUCCCGCAGCUGAAGCCCUCGGAGGGCGUCUUCAAGGUUAUCUUCUGGCUGGGCUACUUCAACAGCUGCGUGAACCCGCUCAUCUACCCCUGCUCCAGCCGCGAGUUCAAGCGCGCCUUCCUUCGCCUCCUGCGCUGCCAGUGCCAUCACAGUCGCAGGCGCCGCCGCCCCCUCUGGCGUGCCUACGGUCACCACUGGCUGGCCUCCAACGGCGGCCCGCGCCCCGACUGCGCCCCCGGCCUGGGAGCCGCGCCCCGCGAGGCCCCGCUGGCCCUCCCCGCGCCCGAGGCCACCGACACCCCGAGCGCGCCCGAGGCCCAGGCUCCGGUCGUGGGCCGUCGAAAGCCGCCCUACUCCUUCCGCGAUUGGAGGCUGCUCGGGCCGUUCCGGAGACCCACCACGCAGCUGCGUGCCAAGGUUUCCAGCCUGUCGCAGAAGAUCCGCGCCGGAAGCGCACCCUGCGCAGAGGCCCCGUGCGCCCUGCGCUCGGAGGUGGAGGCUGUGUCCUUAAACGUCCCCCACGACGCGGCUGAGGGCGCCACCUGGCAGGCCUACGAAUUGGCCGACUACAGCCAUCUCCGGGAGACUGAUAUUUAA